AUGUGGUGGAUCUAUAUAGUCGACACUUUGGAAGUUUUGGCUAAUGUUAUCGUUUCUGUCAUUGCAAUAAUUUCUAUUAUUGUUAUAGCAUGGAUAGUUUUUUGGAAAUUAAUUCUCAGUCAGAUUAGCUUUAUCCGUGAAAUUGCAGAACUUCCAAAACUUAAUGACGGCAAAACACCUCAAUCCUCACCAUCACCUCAUAGGGAAAAGAAAAAACGACAACCUUCCACAUCAUCAUCCGCAUCACAUAGUAGACAACAAUCAACAUCACAAAUAACGCGUGGUAGACAUAAAUCAAUUUCUUCAGCACAUAGUAGACAUCAAUCUCUACCUUUUCCAUCACAUAAUAGACAGCAAUCAGCAUCGACACGACAAAAACUUAAUAAUAUUAAUGCAAAUAAUCCAAUAAUUCAUCAAAGGACAUUUUCUUCUUCCUCAUUAAGCCAUUAUCAAGAUGGUGGAAGUUUACCGAUGAGUAGGAGAACUUCUAAUAGAACUUAUCAAUCACAGGAUGAUGAUUCAGAUCAUAAAAGUCAAAGUCAUACAAAGAGUAAUAGCAGAACUUCUAUUAAAAAUGGUUCAAGCAAAAUUGUAUCUGUUGAAAAUGAUGAAUUUUUAAAUUUUGAAGAAGGUUAUAUCUCAUAA